UCUUACCCCUUUAAAGGUCCAUUCCCUCCUAUGUGGAAUCCAUUGGCCUACCUGGACUACAACAACCUCUGGAGGACCAUGGAUGAAAUGGGAAAGGAGAUUCCUAGUGAAGCCCCAUGGAAAGCUCCACAUGCAGAAGAAUGGGACAAAAUGACUAUGCAAGAUUUGCUAGAUAAAAUUUGCUGGACAAACGCUGCCAAGAGUUUUGCAACUCUGUUUGUGAAUGUGGAUGUCACUUCUGAACCCCACGAAGUCUCUGCUCUUUGGUUUUUGUGGUACGUGAAGCAGUGUGGGGGAACAACAAGGAUAUUCUCAACGACCAAUGGAGGACAGGAGAGGAAGUUUGUUGGGGGCUCUGGCCAGAUCAGUGAGAAAUUAAUGGAGCGCCUGGGAGGCCGGGUGAAGCUGAGGAAGCCAGUCAUCCGCAUCGAUCAGUCUGGUGAAAGUGUCAUAGUGGAAACCUUAGAUCAUGAAUUAUAUGAGGGCAAGUAUGUGAUCAGUGCCAUUCCCCCAGCUCUUGGUUUGAAGAUUCAUUUCAACCCACCUUUGCCCCCAAUGCGAAACCAGCUCAUCAACCGAAUCCCCAUGGGCUCAGUCAUCAAGUGCAUUGUGUACUACAAGGAAACUUUCUGGAGGAAGAAGGGGUAUUGUGGUACCAUGAUCAUUGAAGAUGAGGAUGCUGCAAUUGGUUUAACACUUGAUGAUACUAAGCCUGAUGGCAGCUUUCCUGCCAUAAUAGGCUUCAUUCUUGCUCGGAAGUGUAGAAGACUGACAGGUCUCACAAAAGAAGAAAGGAAGACGAGGCUGUGUGAACUCUAUGCAAAAGUUCUGGGAUUAGAGGAAGCUUUACAUCCAGUGCAUUAUGAAGAGAAGAACUGGUGUGAAGAGCAGUAUUCUGGGGGCUGCUACACAGCCUACUUCCCACCAGGCAUAAUGACUCAGUAUGGAAGGAUUAUUCGGCAGCCCGUUGGCAGGAUCUAUUUUGCUGGCACAGAGACAGCCACAGAGUGGAGUGGAUACAUGGAGGGGGCUGUACAGGCUGGAGAAAGAGCGGCCAGAGAGAUACUGUUUGCUAUGAGGAAAAUCCCAGACAGUGAAAUUUGGAAGCCAGAACCUGAAUCAAUUGAUGUUCCAGCUUUGCCCAUCACCACAACCUUCUGGGAGAGGAACUUGCCGUCUGUGCCGGGACUGCUAAAGCUGAUUGGAUUUUCCACUGUCUUCACCUCCGUGGCUGCAGCUGGGUUAUUUGCCUUCAGAAAGGGACUUCUAGUUCGAAACUGAAAAAGGUGCUAACACAAAGGCUCACACUUGAGGAAUUUUCUUUUUUUCGGAGGUUUUUUUGACAUGUACUUCCCUGUCUCAAAAAUCAGAUCAGGACUGGGGAAGAGAAGAAAACAGUAGAGAGAAGAGGCUGGAGGGGAGGGAUAAAGGAAGGGGAUCCAUACUGAAAAAGAACCCCUUGAAUCCAGGCCUACUUCUAGCAGUAGCUUUUUGGUUGUUGAAUUUCUAGGAUACCCUGCCAAGCGUUAUCACCUUGAGGUCUUUAUCCAGAUCUCAGAACAGUAGUGACAAAAU